GGGAAACCGGCAGGACCCCUCAAUAAAAAAGGCCAAGAGAAAAAGGGGCUCUCUGUGUGCGAGCGGGCUUGACAAUUGACAGCCAGGGGAGGGGGUGUCUGACCAAUGUGGGAUUUUUUAGGCAGCAGGCGGGACGGGAAAGUGUGGGGGGGAAAGAAGCGGGGGGCUGAUGUCCCAUGCUUUAUCACAAGUUGUAUAGUUGUACAGUAUACGGUACGAUAUAGUUGGGGCCUCCAUGGAUGAGCGCCAGGAAUUGACAUCACCCACAGGCAAGAAGGCCCUUUUGGGCUCCGUUGAAGAUGCGGCGGCCUUUGACGAGAGAAUCGGAGAGAUGCCCGCCGUGGAUGGAUGGAUGUGUUGCUAUUCCUUCCGGCGGCCGAUUUCCUCCGGAUCCCGACUGUGCCACCAAACUGACGCAUCCCGACGCGCGUUUCUGCUGCGCUUUCAGAUCAAUGGUCUCCACAAAUACUGCAGUCAAGGUUACCACGAGCUACCGCAACAUCACUUCAACCUUCUUGCUUCCAUCCCUCACGGACACAAAACGAGAGGACUCCACACAAGAGAGGUACCACCUUUGCUUUGGCAGCUGUCUUACUCACCGAAACACCCGGCAGACAUGCUCCCGCUCUGCCCGACUCCAAAUUACCUUCGCAGCUAUCUGCGCUCGACGGAGAGGCUUGUACGGCUCCCGAUCUUCCCAACCUCGAAAUACCUUCGCAGUCGUCAUCUCGCGACAGCAUAUUUCGAUAUGCUGCGCAAUCACGACGUCGACACCCGUAGCACCUACCGCCGCAUGUCUCUUGAGCAGAGAAUUGCGCUUUUCGGUGCGGUGCUCCCUAAUAUGCAAGUUUCCUUUGUGCAAAAAACGAAUGAGGCGUUGCGGCGAAUCCUCGCACCCCCCAUUGCCGAACGCGCAGCCAGAAUUCGCAUGGCAAGUGGUGACAACCCAGACGCAGCGAAACCGCACCCGGCAACGGAACGAAGUGCACAGUCCGCGAGGGAGAGCGACGGACGGCGGAUUGUUAUUCCGGAACCACACGAAACAUCACUGUCCGUCGCGUGCGCUUUAGGGCGAAUUCUUGAUAGCGCACAAGUGCCGUACGCCAUCGGCGGCGCCCUAUCUUUUGGUUUUUGGGCAGUUCCCCGAACGACUUUCGCCGUUGAUUUCAACUAUUUUACCGUCCCUGACGAUGCCGGCCAAAUGCUCAAAGCAAUCGAAGAGCAUGCACCAAUAACUGAUGAGUACGGCGUAGUUUGAAAUCUACGGCCAUUCCGUGUGACGGGCCGAUUAUUCGUUUCUGGUGGAAAGGAACCAAAAUCGAGGCGUUCGGUCCAACUAUACCUGUAUUUUCCCAACAAGCCCUCGAACGUGCUCGGAGAGUGAACGUACACGGCACCUCUCUCUCGGUGCUCUCCGCUGAAGCGAUCGCCGUCUUCAAAUUGAUUUUUGGCCGCCCGAAAGACUGGGUGGACUUGCAGGCGCUUAUCGACUCAAACCCUGAUCUGGACAAGCAGUACAUUCGUGAUACAAUCCUCAUGAUCUUUGACGACAACCCGGAACUUCCCGCAAUCGUCUUUCGUUGGGAUGAGAUUGCGCAGCAUGGACCGGUAAUGAGGAUGUAGCCCCGUGGCCACGGAAAA